AUGGCUGGUCAAGAUUAUACAACAGCCGCAAUGAUGCCUUCAUACUCAACUGCAGCAUUAAAUGGAUAUAGUAAUUAUACAUAUCCAUACAAUCCUGUAACUGCUGCCUAUACUACACCAUACACAACCACAAAUGGUACUAAUUAUGGUGCUUUUCAAACAAAUCCUGCCUUCUUUCAAAAUGGACAAACUUUAAAUAGUAUGACUCAUAGUAAUAUUGAUAUGUCUGAACAAAGUAGGACUGAUAGUAAUAAUAGCGAUAAUAGUUUUACCUCAACAACUAACAUUAAGUCUGGUGAGCAAACUUUAACAGCUGCAGAGUUAGCUAGAAUUAAGAAAAAUGGUUAUGGGCAAGCUAAACCACCGUAUAGUUAUAUUAGUUUAAUUACAAUGGCUAUACAAAGAAGUGAAAGUAAAAUGUUAACUUUAAGUGAAAUAUAUAACUGGAUUAUGGAUUUAUUUCCAUACUAUAGACAAAAUCAACAAAGAUGGCAAAAUAGUAUUAGACAUUCUUUAUCUUUCAAUGAUUGUUUUGUUAAAGUUCCCCGUACACCUGAUAGACCAGGUAAAGGUUCAUUCUGGACACUUCAUCAAUUAUGUGGUAAUAUGUUUGAGAAUGGUUGUUAUUUAAGAAGACAAAAACGAUUUAAACUACAAGAUAAGGAGGCAAAAAGAAAUAGAAGAAUUAUUAGAUCAUCAUCAAAUGCCUCACCUAGAGAGGACCAACAACAACAAAGAGAAGUAACAUUAAAAGAUGAUAGGAUGAUAUCAACAAAACAAGAAGUAGAUAAUCUCAAUAACUCUCCAACAACAGCAUCACCAUCUUCAAAUAUUGAAAAUAUAUCAACAACAAAUUCUCCCGGUACUCAAUUAGCCUCAAUUAUUCCACAACAACUGAAAUCCGAGUCAGCCACUACCAUCCUUCAACCUAUUGGUACGGUAAUCUCAACAUCACCAACAACUGUCAUCUCCUCAGCAGCAUCCCUACCACAGAUGUCAUCGACUACCUAUCCACAACAACAACAACAUCAACAAUAUACAAAUCCAACAUCAUUUCAAAAUUUAUAUUGUACUCCUACAACAACGAUAGGUGGUGGUUUUUGUAAUACUGUCAAUACAUCUGCAAGUCAAUUAACUAUAGAUUCAUUAAUGGAUUCUAAAACAUUUUUUGAAAAUAAUCUUUAUACAACAGGAAAUCAAAUACAAUAUUUUACACCAAUGAAUAGUGGCAAUGUAUUAGAUUAUAGUAGUUAUACACAAAGUUUAUAUAAUGAUAAUGGAAGUAUCAAUAAUCAACAAUCAAGUCUUUAA